UGAGUGCUGUGUCUCCCUCGCGUGAUUUCGCGUGGAGUCCAAUGUUCGGUUUGAAUUAUAUAUGGGACUUGUAGUCCAAAACAAUUGUACGUGCCCUCAAACUGAUAAACCUUUGAAAGACAAUAAUCUCGUGCGCGAGCAAACUCCAAUAUUUUUAGGAUAAAAAUAGGCCAUCACCUUCCUUGUCGCAGUUUGGCAGCUGUCGUUUUCAAUCACCUUGGAAAAAAACGUAAACGCUGAGAUAGACGGACAAGUUGACUGUUGUGUUGACCACAGAUAUUGACCCAACGACACCAAACAGAGAGAAAUGUGGCGACGGAUCUCGGAAGACGACAGAGGAGUUGAACACUGAAUGUGAAACAUUGCUGAAGAUUGUUCAAGAUUGGCCGGAUUUGCAACAAACACAGGCACAGUAAUCAAGAUUAAAGUGGAUUGUCGGGUGUUGACUGACUGUCAGAUACUGGGCGUCAUCAAGGGCACACAUGGCCCAUACAGUGCAGGACCACCAGAUGGCACAGCCCCAGGCAGCAGUGUUGUCUCUCCCUCCCUCCGGCCAGGCUAAAAGAUGGACAGUGUUGGACUCCCUGCUAUGUGGAGCAUUGGCAGGAGCCGUGGCCAAAACAGUCAUAGCUCCUCUGGACAGAACCAAGAUCAUCUUCCAAGUGUCUUCACAAAGAUUCUCUGCUAAGGAAGCCUUCAGACUCCUCUACUGUACAUACAUGAAAGAUGGCUUCCUCAGCCUGUGGAGGGGCAACUCUGCCACCAUGGUGCGGGUCAUCCCCUACGCUGCCAUCCAGUUCUGCUCCCACGACCAGUACAAGAGAAUCCUGGGGGGAUACUAUGGCUUCCAGGGAAAAGCCCUUACUCCUUUUCCACGUUUUCUGGCAGGGUCGUUGGCUGGCACCACAGCUGCCAUGCUCACCUACCCCCUGGACAUGGUGCGGGCCAGGAUGGCAGUGACACCCAGACAAAUGUACAGCAACAUUAUGCACGUGUUUGUGCGCAUUACGCAGGAGGAGGGCAUUAAGACCCUGUACAGAGGCUUCUGCCCGACCAUCCUGGGAGUGAUCCCAUACUCAGGAAUCACCUUCUUCACAUAUGAGACCCUCAAGAAACUGCAUGCAGAGAGGACGAGGCGGUCCCAGCCGUACUCCUACGAGCGUUUGGCAUUUGGCGCGUGUGCUGGCCUACUCGGCCAGUCGGCCUCUUACCCACUGGACGUGGUUCGCCGACGCAUGCAGACGGCCGGGGUGACGGGCCAACAGUACGGCAGCGUCCUGAACACCAUGAAAGCGAUCGUGGUGCAGGAGGGUGUGGUGCGUGGACUCUACAAGGGCCUCAGUAUGAACUGGAUCAAAGGGCCUAUCGCUGUGGGGGUCAGCUUCACCACCUUUGACCUCAUGCACAACCUCCUGCACAAGAUGCACCAGUUGGGAUACUUCACACACUGAGCCAGCAGAGGGAGCCAGAGGAAAGGUUCACUGUCGAGACUAGAGUUGACGUCCGUCGGUCACAGACACAAUAUGGAUCCUCUGCAAGUCAGAUAGGGAUUGAAAGGGGAGAGUGGAUACUGGACAGAGAGGAGGAGACAAGCUGUCAGUUUAUUUAAGAGCACAUCCUCUGACACACAUUAAGCACGCACAGCCAGACCCCCCACUCUUGCUGUUGAUGGAUGGGAUGUCUGUACUAAGGCUACAAUAAGUGUCAUCAAACAGGGUAGAUGUUUGAUGACUUUGCAAUAUGAGAGGUAUGAGAAUGUGAAUGAUUUUACAUUUCCAGUCCUGAUAUGUUUGAGAUUGUGGUAUUAUCUCUGGUAAGGGCACUUAAUGGGGCUGGAGAUUAUCAGAGGCGAAGAACUUUACAAUCGGUUCAUUUUAGUAUGGAAUUUUAUCAACUAUGCUCACAAUGUUUUCUGUUGAAGAUUCACUUAUAUUUUCAACCAUGCAUUGCUGCUUUUUCUUCUUGAUUAUUUCAGGGCUUGUUGCAGCUGUAAUCCGCUGCUCUGCUCACUUCUGCAUUUAGCAUCAACGUUUCAUGGAAGAGUCACCUAGUGGACCUUGCUGCCAGAAAAUAGUUUAUUGGUUGCUGGUAGUUGGGAAUGUAGUCUUAUUCCAAAGAGCUUGUUUCUGUUUUGUUACGGUUAAAAAUGUCAAUUUUAUGAUGUGCCAAGAUAGAAUGUACUGUCAGGAAAAUUAUUGGCACCCUUGAUGAAGAUGAGCAAAUACUGUAUAACAAGUACUGAGCUAUAAUGUAUGCUCAAAUGAGAAAAUUAUAUUUUAUACUAAUACAGUUGCUCAGAGAAAGAGAUUUUGUUUAUCAAGUAAUAUUUUUUUCUCCAAAAAAGAUAGGUCAAAAUUAGUGCCACACUUGUUUUCAAUACCUCUCCUUGCGAGGAUAACGACACUGAGCCUUUUUCUACAAUGUUUGAUGAGAUUGGAGAACACAUUGGGAGGGAAAUUGGACCAUUCCUCCAUACAGAAUAUUUCCAGAUCCUUGAUUUCCUUCAUGUGCACUUAUGAGCUACCAUUUUCAAUUAAAACCAUAGGUUUUUCCAUGUGGUUCAAGUCUAGAAACUGAUGGCCAUUGCAAAAUGUUGAUUUGUGUGGUCAAUUAACUGGUGUGCGUGGCCAAAGAGCUCAAUUGUCAUGUCAUCUAACAAAUGGAGAUUGCUAAACGGCAUUGGCAGUUGGUUUGGAACCUUUGCUAUGGUCAGAUGACACUACAAUAAAGCCUUAGGGUUCCACAGAAUGAUGCAUAUGAAGAGAAAAAAACACCUACUGUUCCAUAUGGUGGUGGAUCUUUGAUGUUUUUGGGCUAAUUUGCUUCCACUGGUUCUGGGGUUCUUGUUAAGGUCAACGGCAGCAUGAACUUUACCCAGUACAAGGACAUUUUAGCCCAAAACCUGAUUGCCUCUUCUAGGAUGCUGAAACUUGGCCACAAGUGGAUCUUCCAGCAAUAUGAUAACCCCAAUCACAUAUCCAAAUCCACAAAUGAAUGGUUAAUUGACCACAAAAAUCAACAUCUCAGUCUCCGGACUGGUUUAAUUUGACGAGGGCAGACGAAGGAUAUCGAGCAUCUGGAAGGAUUCUGUAUGGAGGAAUAGUCUGAGAUCCCUCCCAGUGUGUCAAUCUCAUAAAACAUUUUAAAGAAAGGCCCUGUGACAUUCUCCUCGCAAGGCGAGUUUAUAAAACUAGUGAUCAUUUGUACCCGUCGUUUAAAACAAGUUUUUUUUGUAUUGUUAUAUUUUGUUGUUUCUCUGAGCAAUUGCAUUUGUAAAUGUUUUAUUCUCCAUUGGACCUGACCGUCGGUGUGCAAUAAUAAUAAUAAUGUCCUCACGUUGAUGAGACAGACAUGGUGAUAUCAUAAAUAGUUUAUUUUUAUUAACAACAUGCCUGCAGUCCCUCACACACACUGAAUGCCAUCCUCCAUUUAAACAAACUGAAGCGUUUCAGGCAGGAGGCCACAGGUGUGUGCAAUCAGCAUAUUAGCAAGGCUCGCAAGCAGUCAGCUGACAAUAAAGGGACGUGUCACUCAUUUGAACGUUCAAACCAACAGUUAAAGGUUGUGCUGAUGAAUAAAGAUGAGUUUAUUGGAUUUGCAUGUGAUAAUGGAUUGACAAUUUAGCUAGGAUCCUAGAUAUAUAAACACACAAUAAAUACAUUCAUUCAUUUUACAGUGAAGGCUACUCCUUCACAGUCAGUAAUCAUUUCAGCCUGACUGCACAGUUUCACUAUCUGGUGUCUAUAAAUAUAGAUUUGUGGUGUCUAACUGGAAUCUAAUGGAUAUCAUCCAUAUUUUCCCACUACAUGUAGCCUAAGGCAUAAAUAUAUAAUCAGUAUAUUUCUAAUAUUAAGGUAGUCUUUCUAUUAUCUGUAGUCUUAUUGUGAAGGAAAUCCAGUUUGUCAUAAAUCUGUUUCUAUGUUUAUUGAUACUUUACACAAGAAUUUCACUACACCCGCAAUAACAUCUGCUAAAUAUGUGUAUGUGACCAAUAAAAUUGGAUUUGUUUGACUUGA